AUGUUAACCCCAUUGAUGGUUGCUUCCUCGACGCUUUCGGCAAUUAGAUUUGCAACCAGCGCAACAGCUACAUCUGCUACUACUAAUACUACGACUACUACUACUACUGACCCAAACCCACACACGAUUAAACAUGCACAACAAGUCACCACCAAAAGCCAAUUGCAACCACCACAACAAAUCUCAUUUAUCUCACAUGAUGCAGAAAUUCAUCAACCCGAGGAAAAUGGAAAGAAAAAGAAAUGGUUCAAUUGGGGAACGAAAAUUUACACGAAUGAUGGUAUCACACAUAACGACGAUCCAAAAUUUCUUACACCGCAUGCCUACAAGCACGUUGGGUACUCACCUGCUGAACUCUACGGCGUUGAAGUAACACACAAAACACCAGCAAACUUUAGAGAAAAGUUUUGCUACGGCCUUAUCAAGACAUGUCGUUUCUGGUUCGACUUGGUUACUGGCUAUGCUGAACCCAAGACAGGUGACCCAAAUGAAUACAAGGGUACAAGAUGGGAAAUGACAGAAAGUAAAUGGAUGACCAGAAUCAUUUUCUUGGAGAGUAUUGCUGGUGUUCCAGGAUCAGUUGCUGCUUUUUUGAGACAAUUGCAAUCUUUAAGAUUAUUAAAGCGUGACCGCGGUUUUAUUCAAACCUACCUUGAAGAGGCUGAACAAGAAAGAAUGCACUUGCUAGUUGCUUUGAAAAUUGGCAAGCCUUCUCUAUUUACAAGAGCAAUAAUGUACGUGGGCCAAGGAGUAUUUGCCAAUGCAUUCUUCCUCACAUAUAUGGCUAAUCCCAAUGCCGCAGCAAGUAUUGUAGGAUACAUUGAAGAGGAAGCUUGCCACACAUAUACUGAGCUAUUAAAAGACUUGGACAACAAGGGAAAGUUCCCAAUAUUCGAAAAUAUGACCAUUCCAAAAAUAGCAGUAGAAUACUGGCCUGGAUUGAACCACCAGUCUACUUUCAAAGACUUGAUCUUGCAAAUCAGAGCCGACGAAGCCAAGCACCGUGAAGUGAACCAUACUUUCGCCAACUUAGAUUUGCAGCGUGACAGAAACCCAUUUGCUUUAAAGAUCAAUGAUGUGGAUCAACCACAACCAAAUAUGGGAUUGAAAGUGUCCAAGCCAACAGGCUGGGAAAGGAAAGAUUUGAUCUUGUAA